GUUCGCCAGCCGCUCGGGGCUUCACAUCCGCUACAACACUGCGAUCUGGGACGUGCGUCGGCAGGCGGGCACGCGCGGGAGCCCCGGCUGGGUCUUCUCCAUGCGUGACCAGCACAACCAGGAGUUCGUCUGCAGGUACGUGGUGGUGGCGACCGGCCUGGGCGUCCCCAACUCGCCGUCCUUCCCCGGCUCGGAGCUCGUCGAAGGAUACGAGGACGUCUCGACGGACCCACGCGUCUUCGAGGGCAAAAAUGUCCUCAUCCUUGGCAGAGGCAAUGCCGCCUUUGAGACGGCUGACGCCAUCUACGGUAGCACCAACAUGGUCCACAUGGUGUCCCGCUCCCGGGCGAGGCUCUCGUGGAACACGCAUUACGUGGGAGACCUCAGGGCCAUCAACAAUGGGCUCCUGGACACGUACCAACUGAAGUCCCUGGACGGCUUGCUGGAGGCGGGCGUGGAGGACAUGGCGCUCGAGCGACGCGCCGGCCGCAUCCACGUACAGUUCCCGUGGGAGGAGAUCCCGACCGAGAACGACUUCGACAACUUCUCGCUACGCGAAGGUUACGACUACGUCAUCCGCUGCCUCGGUUUCAAGUUUGACUUCUCCAUUUUCAACAACUCGUCCAUGCCGAGCAAAUCGACCAAGAAGACCAAGUACCCGGCUAUCAAGUUCUCGUACGAAGCCGACCGCAUCCCGGGCCUCUACUUCGCCGGGACGGUCGCGCACUCGCUCGAUUACCGGAAGUCGGCCGGGGGAUUCAUCCACGGAUUUCGAUACACUGUGCGCGUGUUGCAUCGGCUGCUGGAGUGGCGACACGAAGGUCAGCGGUGGCCCGUGACCUCUUACUCGACCCGUGACCUUCUCAACGUCCUCGUCAAACGAAUCAACGAGGCGUCGGCGCCAUACCAGAUGUUCGGAGAACUAGCUGACGUCAUCCUCCUGAGAGACGGCGGCCGGAGGUUCGAGUUCUUGGAGGACUUCCCGGUGCACCUGCUGGCGCGCCUGGAAGCAGUGACGGGGCGCGAGGCCGGGCCGCUGGUCGUGGUCCUCAUGGAGUACGGCCCGGACUUCUCGGGGCCGGACAAGGACACCUUCCGCGUGGACCGGGCCACAGGGGACCCCCUGGAGGCGCACCGCUCCAACUUUCUCCACCCUGUCUUCUACUACUACAGGAAACUCCCAACAGAAUCGGAAAUGCUGCACAAAAUGGGCAAGUCGGCGCUGCCGAAGCCGGAGCGUGUACACCACGUGCUCGAGGACUUCCUGACGGUGUGGACGGCGCAGCAGAGCCACAUCCUGCCUCUGCGUCGUUUCCUUGAGUAUGUCACCGGCAGAGACCUUCGUCAUCACAAUGCACAUGCGUGUCUUUCCCACUCCUUCACCAACGGCCGCCCACCGCCUCUGUGUCCCCACGGGGGCAGCGUGGGGGGUUGGGCCAUCCAUCCUGUCGCGCCCACGCCCACAGGCCAGCCCCAGGGCGUCCCCAGGCCAGCGCGCCCCGCCAACUACACGCUGUGGAGCCGGCCCUCGGUGCGCGCCACGCCGCCCGCGCCGCUCGCCACUGCUGCCACGUCGUGAGCGCCCGGCCUCCAGCCGAGCCCGGCCCCUCCGGUACCUCACGUUGCAUGUACAUACAAAUAAACUCAGUGAGUUCAGCAUUCUCGAUAACUAACGAACUGACAAAGACGACUUUCAAUGGACUCCAAAGUAUCUCUGAUUUUUCUCAGAGCAGAUUCACACAAACGCAUCAGUCUAUGCGUACGCAUACAUUCACAUGUGCAUGGGUAUUUGUAUACAAUGUACGAAAAAAACCAUCGAUUAUAAGAAUAAGCAGAAAAAUGUUUCGGUGACCUGUAACCUUCAGGGAAAUGACCAGAGGCUGUCACGAAAGCCAUCGUUUCUCAUAGAAAGCAGACUUACGAACCUGAAAUUAGGGAAGUAGAUGCCUUACUUACCUCUAGUUCUCUUUCCUGACGACUGACGCUAAUGCACGGUCUGUUAUGAGAGUCUCCCAAACGUUACAUUUUGUUUUGUCUUCCAGACUUCAUUUGUAAUACGUCGUGCAAUAUUUACAGAAUACGUUACACAAUAAUAGCCUUUCAUUUUACAAUUGAAAAAGACACUGCCUGAUAGCAAAUAAUACUUAGGAAAAGAAAGAAUUGUCAUGAAAUAUAUAAAAUGCAUUUCCUGUGCUUUUGAAAGAGACAAGGUCCAUGUGUACAUGUGUACAAAUAUGUUAAAUUCAGGCUAAAUUUUACCAUAGACACAAAGGCUACACAGUACAUUGUAUCUUAAAAUCAAACAUGUGUAUCGUUUCCCGUUGUAGGAUAGUAUUCGAAACAGAAUUCCGUUCUUUUCUAUUAUAUUCUAUAUUGCCAGUAAGGUGUCUAUCUGUAUUUCGUUUCUGUGUUCAAGCGUUAUAAUAUGCCUUCCUCUUCGGAUAUCUGCUGAUGGUAAAUGUUUUCCUGUUUUCCAGGAAAUAUGUGAAUAUGCACUCAAACACAAACCAACAUAGAUACACACAGUCUCGCACAUACACCUGUAUGCUCACGCUCGCACACACAAACGCGCAAACGCAUACAUAUACACACCAUUAAAUUUGCCUUGAUUUAUCUCCCUUCACACUUAGGACUUUAAUUGGGAAAUCAGUCGAAAAAACACUAUCGUUUCCCCUUACAUAAACUAGUAUGGAAAAUCGACGAAGUAUUGUGGAAUAACGAUGCAAGCCUGUCGGCACCGUAAUCCUAUGAAUGUAGGUUUUGCGAUAUAGUAACAUUAUUGUGUAUUUGCUGAGUCAUUAAACAUUGUUAAACGUAUGUUUGAUUACUUGUAUACGAAAUAAAAAAAAAUGAUAUAAUAAUUACGAAGGGCAACAAAUGUGCAGUCUAAAAAAAGGCGCGAAAAUAAAGAACAUCGCAGCUAAUAUUAGAGUGUGGUGAUUAAAAGGAAAAUAAUA